AUGGCCUUGUUUGGUGACGAGGAUGGGGAUGUGGGCCCGUUCGUCAUGGCGGAGGUGGAGGGAGGCGACGAGUGGUUUCCCUUUUCGCUAGACAACCUGGAGAUGGACCGCGCGUGCAACGCCUCGUUGCAAGAUGACUCGAGACCUAUGGACCAGGAUGGCGACGGAGAGACCGACCAAGACGACGACGUCGACGCCGGAAACCCUUCCGCGGAGGCGUCCGGUCCAGGACCACCACCGCCGGCCCCGAACCCUGGCGGCGGCGGCGGCGGCGGCGGGAACGGCUGGAACGAGGACAGGUACCAGCAGCAGGACGGCGGUAGCAGCAACGGCAGCAGUGGUGGGGGGGGGGCGGACUCAAACGCGAAGGUCCAGCAGGGGCGUGGCGGCGCGCGGAAGGGGGUCGUGGUGUCGGAGCCCAAGAUUAGGUUGGACAAGGUCAAGCCGGAGGCGAAGGAGGUUCACGCCUCCCACGACCGAAAAAGGCAUACCUCGGAAGCAGCGGCGCCGGCGAAGCGCUCCUCCCGGGGCGAAAAAAGCGGCGGCGGUAGCAGCAGCAAGAGCAGGCAAAAGCACCACCACCCCGCCGGCGGCAUGGCCGGCGGCGUCGGGGGCAUGACGGGGAGGGUGGAGGGGCAGGCCGGCUGGACAACGUCGUCCGACACAAAACAUAGCACCCGGACAGGUGGGGGCGGGGAUGGGGGCGAUGGAGGCACGACAACGAAGGCGUCGAAAACGAGUUCGAGUUCGGGCGUUAGCGGCGGCGGGAACGGCGGGUCGAUGACCAAGGCACCCACGGUGCAAAACAAGAGGCGGUUGGAGCGGAACGCGCGAGAGCAGAAGCGGUCUCUAAAGAUCAGCCAGCGCAUCGAGGACCUGCGGCGGAUGCUGAGCCAGUUCGGGGUGGACGUUAAGGCAAGCAAGUCUGCCGUCCUCUCCGAAGCGACGGACUACAUCGCGCACCUGCAGCGCCAGCACGCGCAGUCGGAAGCGGAGCGCGCGAGAAUCCUCCAGCUCUUGCACAACUCGAGAGCAGCGUCACCGUCAUCGGCGGCAGCGGCGGCGGCCGCAGCGGGCGCGGGUACGGCGGCCGGCCGAACAGUGAAGCCGCCGCCUUCGGGCGCCCCCGCCCCGGCUCUUCCCCCGCAGCAGCACGGCGGUGGCGAUCGCGGCGCUGGCGUUGGGGUUGUCGUCGAAAGGCCGUCGUCAAACACGAUGUUGGACACGCUGCUGUCGCUCGACGACGAUGGCGACAUGGGGAGACCAACGUCAGCCAUGACGGCGGCGAGAGCGAUGGUGUUUCCUCCGCCGACCCCGCCGCAACAGGGCGAGGAGCAGAUCGUGCCGGGGUUCCCGAGCUUGUCGGCGACUGCCAGAAGGGGCGCCGACGGGAUGCCCGUGGCCCCGUCGGCAGCGGCGGGGGCGGCGGCGGCGGCUACCGGCAGGGCGCCGGUGGCGAUGGGCGGCGCGGUCGGCGGUACGGGGUCGGCCUCGGGGGCGGCCAACCUUGCGGCCACCGCGCGCGCGCUGUCGCACGUGAACUACGAGAGGGUGUUCCGGACGCUGCCGAUGCCGAUGGCCAUCGCCAACGUGAACGGCAACCUCGUGGACUGCAACACCCGGCUGACCCAGGUCACGGGUUUCAGGAAGGAGGAGGCGUUGUUCAUGACGAUAUUCGACCUCGUGGCGGACCCGUUCCUCCAGCACACUUUCAGCAUGAUCAGUUCGAUCCUCAGCAUGCGCGGAGUCACUGGCAACCCCCCGUUCUUCCAGGUGCCGGGCAAGAUCUUCAACGGCAACCCGGGGGGGGGCGUGGUUCAGAUCUCCGCCGUCCACGAUGACCAGCUCAGACCAAUGCACUUCUGCAUCUGCAUCCUCGACUCCCCCGCCACCGGCGGUGUCUCCGCCCCCGCUUCUGCAGCAGCAGCAGCUGCUGCUGUUGCUGCCACUGCUGCCGGUGGUACGGCCGGGGUAGGCGGCGGCGGGGGUAGCGGCGGCAGCGGUAGCGGCAGCUGCGUUCGUAUUAGAGCUAAUGUCGGUUGACCGAACAGUCGGGCCGUCGUCUCUAGUGUUGUUUCGGGCUGUAAUUUCGUGAGGUAGGCAAUGUGACAUCAGAUCGAUCGAUGUGAACGGAGGAGGCAGACUUAAGGGGCGCGCGGUUUGUUGGGUCGAUUGGAUCCAUUCAUUUUCUCAUGGAUUUGGCGUUGUUUUUUUUUUGUUUUUUUCAACGAGGGUGCUGGA